ACUGUUCUCCAAACAUCCACGGCUUGUGAUAAUCCCCACCUAUAUGAUCGAUGGAUUUCACAAACCCAAACCUAAGUUCAUCCAAUGGCUUCAGGAUGGGGAGAGUUGGCAACAUGUGCAACAUCGACUUCAGCCAGGAUGUUAUAUUCAUCCCAGUGCUGUAUGGCAUCUUCUUCACUCUUGGAGUCCCCCUGAACCUGCUGGCUCUGUUUGGUCUUCACCGCCUGAUUAAGUCCAACAAUGUCCUCCCGGUGUAUUUGAUCAACCUGCUUAUCUCCAAUCUCCUCCAGCUGCUGAUGCUUCCUCUGUGGAUAGAUUACUACAGGAGGGGGCACAGCUGGCUCUAUGGUCCCACAGCCUGCCGCGGGAUGCAUUUUAUCUUCUACGUCACCAUCUAUGCCAGCAUAAUGUUCAUGUGCGCCAUCGCAGUGGAGCGGCACUUUGCCAUCGCGCGGCCGAUGAAGUUCCAGGCCAUGCGUAGCCUUAAGUACACCCGCUGGGUGGCACUGGGCAUUUGGAUGGUGGUGGCCUUGCCCCCUUCCAUUGCCCUGAAAUCCUUGUUCACUACCUCUCAGAACUCCACCCUCUGCAUUGAGAAGUACCCAUCUGAGGAGGGGUUCAUAACGUACCGUCUGGUCACCCUGGUCCUCUCCUUCUUCCUCCCCCUUAGUUUCAUCGUCAUCCUCCACAGGAAGACCCUGCAGGCUCUGAAAGGGGUGGUCUCUCUAGCCCAACGGGAAAAGAGGCAAAUCCGUGGCCUGCUGGCCCUGCUGGUCAUGGUAUUUGUGGUGGUGCUGGGGCCCUACCACCUUGUUGGUUGUGUGAAGUAUGUGGGACUACUGUUCCACUCCAUGCCAUGCCAAUGGGAAAAGGCCGUGUUCCUGCCUUACCAGGUUGGUAGAGUGCUGCUUAGCAUCAACAGCCUCCUGGAUCCCGUAUUUUACAUUUUCCUCCGUGGCGACUUCAGAGAGGCUGUCUGCAGGUAUCUGCCCUGUCUGAGGAGAGUUCGGUGGUUCACAAGCCAGGAAAGGUCCUCAGAACAGAGGGAGCGACCCACAAACUCCACGCAAGACUCUGAUCUGUGAAAAACAAGUGUUCACGGAGUUGUACAUUGUUCAGUCCUUUUUACUUGCAUGGUUUUUAAAGAGCAAUCUCAUCUGGAGAGCUGGGUACAGGUUUUUGUAUUGGUAAAGCACUUUUUAUGUUGAUUUGUGUUUUGGUGCUGAUUCUACACAUUAAGGUCUUAAUUGAAGACCAUGGUUAGUUAAUUAGUUUAAUAGCACUGGGAUAAAACCAAAACGUGCACAUUACAUUACAUUACGUGGCAUUUAGCAGACGCUCUUAUCCAGAGCGACGUACAACAAAGUGCAAAUCAAGUGCACCCACACUGGCCCUUUUUACAUAAGAUUACACACAGUAUGUGAGAUAUCUGUAUGCUAAAACCUAUAAUGGUAGAAAUCACUGAACUGGAAUUUCAUUGUGUUUUACAAGAUUCAGUCAUUUUAAAUGUAGUUCCUGAUUAUGAAAUCUAUUCUUUCAACAUUUCUGACAGAUCUUCAAUUCAUAGCUCACAGUUUUGUUUUGAAAAGAAUCUCCUCAAAUCUCCAGAAACUAUGGCAGGUCAAGAGUGACAAUCCCCUCUCCGUAACAUAGACAUGUACGUGGGCGUGUCUGAAACAAUAUUUUUUAUAUUUUAUAUAUUUAAUUCCCUAUCCUUUUUUUGAGUAGUUUGAGGCAUUGCUUACAUUGCUGUAUGCCUGACAGCCCCACACACAUUUUGUGUGAAUACACACACACACACAUGCAGACAUGCAGGUGCACACACACACACACACACACACACACACUUUGGCUGUUUGAAUUCUUGUGAGGAAAUGGUGUGAAAUUUAGCACAACACAUUACAACAUAUACUGUUUAACCAUUACUGUGAUAGCAACACUGAGACUGUUCUCCAAACAUACAAGGCUUGCGAUAAUUACCUCCUGUAUCAUAAACACUCUUUUUGAGGCAGGUGUGGACAUGUCAGUGAGUCUUGUCUGCAGAAGGCUUCAUGAACAGAACUGCAGAAGCUACACUGCAAGAUGCAAACCUGUAGUUUGCCGAAAAAACAGGAUGGCAGGACAGAACAGGAUGUGUAGGUAAAAAAGCCUGCAGAGUUCUGGAAAAUGUCUUGUGGACCAAUGAGAGCAAGAUUCACUUGUAUCAGAGUGAUGCCAAGAGCAUUGUGUGGAAGCUAAAAUGAACUGCCCAAGAUCCAAAGCACCCCCCCUCCUGCCCCAUCUGUGUAACAUGGUGGCCGAGGUCUUAUGGGUUGCACACGUAUCCACAGAAACUGGCACACUUUGCUUCAUUGCUGAUGGAACAGCUGAGAGCAGAAUCCAAAUUAUUAAGUUCAACCAAACACCUCCAAACUCAUUGAUAACAGAUGAAUUUGACCCCAAACCCAAGCUCCUCCAAUGGCUUCAGCAUGGGGGGAGUUGGCAACAUGUGCAACAUCGACUUCAGCCAGGAUGUUAUAUUCAUCCCAGUGCUGUACGGCAUCUUCUUCACUCUUGGAGUCCCCCUGAACCUGCUGGCUCUGUUUGGUCUUCACCACCUGAUUAAGUCCAACAAUG